UGUCAUGAUCAGUGUUUACUCCAUAAAAAUAUUGCCCUCCAAUGGUUGUCCUUUGUUUGACCCAGCCGACCUUUAGGUCUGUUAAUGAUUAUCACUGACUAAACCUCAUGUCAAAUCUGGGAACUACACUGCGCACUUUGUCACUUCUCGGACGCAUAACAGAUCGGACGCAGAAAGGCCAGGAUUUGGAAGCACCGCAAGAGUUCUCCUAGUUGUGUACAAACAAAGGAGUCUUGCAAAAUGGAGUGCAUCAAAAAGACGCAAGGACGUGUCCAGGCCCGUCACAUCCUGGUCGUGGCCUGGUUCUGGGCCUUCGCCAAUGUGUACAUCCUCCGCACCAACCUCAGCGUCGCCAUCGUCUCCAUGGUCAAGAGCAACUUCUCGGCAUCGGCGGCCAGCGAGUGCACCGGCGCCCAGAACAACACGCCCCCUCCCGGCUGGAAAGAAGAAGGCGAGUUUGAGUGGAAUGAGUGGUCUCAGGGCCAGGUUCUGUCAGGGUACUUCUACGGCUACACCUGCACACAGAUACUCGGCGGCUGGCUGGAGACAAGACUGGGUGGAAAAGUAGUUUGUGGUACCAGUCAGCUGUUAGGCGGCCUGUUGACGCUGAUGACCCCGGUGGCUGCCCGGGGCGGCGUGUACGCUCUUCUCGCUGUCAGGAUUCUGGUGGGCUUUGUCGCGGGCGUCACGUACCCGACACAUCAUGGCAUGUGGGGCAAAUGGGCGCCUAUUUACGAGAGGAGCAAGCUCAUGUCCAUAACCAUGGCGGGUGCGAACUUCGGGACUGUGAUCGUUCUGCCCCUGUCCGGAUACCUGGCGGAUACCUACGGCUGGGAUUCUGUCUUCUACGUCACAGGUUGUAUCCCGAUCAUGUGGUUCGUGUUCUGGGUCAUCUUUGUGUACGACUCUCCCUCCAGCCACCCCAGGAUAGACCCGGAAGAGGCCAAGUACAUCGAAAGUCAGAUCGAAACUAGAGAAGUGAAACGUCCGCCGGUCCCGUGGCUGAAGUUAGUCAAGUGUGUGCCUCUCUGGGCCAUCGUGAUCGGCCAUACCUGCUCCAACUGGGGCUUCUACACCAUGCUGACCAACCUACCCACGUACCUCAAGCAGGUCCUGGGAUUCGACAUCAAGGCGAAUGGUUUCCUGUCGGCCCUCCCUCACUUAGCCCUGAUGCUGUUCGUGAUGACAGGAGGGUUCGUCACUGACUAUAUCAGGAAACACUGGGUCAGUACCCUCACCGCCCGCAGGAUCAUGACUUUCUUCGGCCAAUUCCCACCGGCCAUUUUCUUCGUGUUGGCGGGGUACGUGGGCUGUGACCGGGCGGGAGGAGUGGCGAUGCUCGCGCUGUCUGUGGCGUUUGGUGGACUGGCUGUCCCCGGAUUCAAGUUGUCCCAUGUGGAGUUGGCUCCGCGGUUCGGAGGAAUCCUGUACGGUAUCACCAACACGUUUGGGAACAUCCCCGGCUUCGUGACGCCGCUGGUGGUCGGCGCACUCACCAACAACAAUCAAACCCGUGAGGCAUGGCAGACGGUGUUCUGGAUCGGGGCCGGUAUCUACGUGUUCGGCGGGUUGGUGGUGUUGGUGUUCCUGCGCACCGACGUCCAGGACUGGGCCAAGGACCCCGAGGAAGAGAAGGGCCCGAACACCGACGAUCUCGCUUCUGACAAGAACAUUGCUACUCCCAUGACCACUCUGGACAAUACCUCAACAAGGAACAGUAUAACACGGCUGUAAACAUUAUACUGUACAUUGCGAUAACACUCCAAAUUGAUAGUUUCGUCAACUUGCGUUAGCUAGAACUUUGUAAACUACUUUUAUUAAGUAACCGACUACUGUCCAUCCUGGGGUGUUGGACCACUGCGGCUGUAAUCGCAGCGCCACACCAGGCCCGCGCACCUCACACAGGUGAUAACAUCAAAUCAAUAGAAAUCUAGAAAAGGAGAUUGCGGACAGGGGUGUCUUGGGAAAUGUACGGGUACUGUUCCCCACCCACCACCGAGCACUGCCUGGUGUCCUGGUUAAUUUUCCGCACUGCCUAUCUCUCUCCAUCACGUGUCCGGGGCGUGAGGGAUAGGUGUGGUUGUGAAUUUUCCACUGUAAUGAAAUAACUGGCUAUACACUUUAUGUACUACUAAAAACUACUGAGUAAUUUUUUAACGUAAAACAUGACACCUAACCAGGUAUUUGUGAGCAUUCUAUCAUCCCAUUAGAUAGUUGUAGUGAAUGAAUAUAGUUCGUCUUGUACUCAGAAGACUUGGGUCUCUGUAGUGAGUGGCUGGAUUAAGAUAGACUAAAGUAGAAAGUUCAUCUGUGUUGGUUUAAGUCAUUUUGCAACAGGUUUGA